CAAAUAUGGCGGAUAGAUCGUUAAAACUAAACUUUAAACACAUUUGUUUUGCGUUUUCUAUGUAAAAUAAGUUUUAUUUAGUUGUAGAAGUGUACCGCAAAAUUGGAUAUUGUCAAAUAAUUUGUACGCUAGUUGAGUGUACUUGCAUUUGUACAAAAGCGUUUAUGUUAAUCACAAAUUGUCCCUUAAAUUAAGACAUAUCUAAAGCGCUAGUAGCAUUUCCUGCAGUACGUGGAUAGCCUAGUGGCAUUUAUCCAAACGCCAAGGUGGAAGCAGGAACUUUGCACAAUAUAAAAGAAUUACUACAAAUGGCAGUGAUGAAGAUGAAUUCUCACUUAGUGAGGAAGACGUGCUGUACAAAAGACCUGUUGAAAUCAAACUGAACCUGUUAGCUGAUGUAAAAGUUAAAGACAAUAAACUCAAAACUAGCUCAAAAAUAUGCCUGCUGUGCGCAGUUGUUAUUGUAGUUGCCUGUGUUUUAGCAGUCGGAAUGGCUUUCUAUAAAUUCCACAGAAUUGAAUCAUUUUCAAAGACAAAUGCAACACAAAGUGUCGGGAGUCAACAGGUGACUGGGUGGAAGAAGACAUUUAAUAAACGAGUGUCUGAAGGUGCCAACAUGAUGUUUGAUGUCAAUGAAGACGGUAAACCGGACAUACUGAGUGGGGCAGGGGACAUGGUGACUUAUGAUGAGGCCCUGUUUUGUGCAACCUUGGGCACCGCAGAUUCUGAAUCGGCUGGGAAAUUUUCGCACUACCAUCAGCUGUGUGCAGACUUCAAUCUGGCCUAUCCAUGCAUGGGAGUGAUAUUUGCCGUGAGAGGUUAUGAUGGAGAGCAAUUGUGGGAAUUGCCUAGCAGGUCUGAGCCUCUGUUCUUCAACUGUGAGGAAGUGGACGUCAAUAAGGACAACAAAACAGACUGCAUUGUGUCUGGCCGCUAUGGGACCUUGAUGGCGUUUGAUCCUAGGAAAGGCAAAAUGUUAUGGAUGUCCGAACCUGAUGACUUCAUAAAGGCAAACUGGAAUGUUUACCGAGUGGUCGCCAUUGGUGACUUGGACCAUGACGGUGUAACAGAGCUGCUGGUUGCAAAUGGCGGAGACGUCUCAAAAACGCCCGAUGUUGGUGUUAUUACAAGCUGCUGUUAUUUAUCGUAUCCAGAGCAUGAUCGAGCCCCUGGCAGACUUCUCAUCAUCUCCGGAGCAGACGGCAAACCGUAUGGUAGACGAUACCUGAACAUGCCCAAUAGACGCGAGACCUACAUGAGUCCCGUGCUCUACAAGCCAUUUCACCAAUACUACAUCUUGUUUGGCAGUGGAGGGGAAACUGUAAAUGGAGAUCUUCUGGGAAUCUCACUGAGUGACUUUCUCUGCUAUACGUUCCCAAACUUUCUGUGCAAAGUGAGCAGCGGCUCACAAGACGACCCCUGGAGUAUAAAGAAGAAGGAUGAAGACAACAUAUUCAUCAUUUAUAGGGGUGAGAAGAAAGGGGCCAUGGUCACUCCAGUGAUAGUCGACGCAAACAAUGACGGUGUGCAAGAUAUCAUUGUGUCGAUGUUUGAGGGCAAAGUCGUGUUGAUCGAUGGCAAAACCACAAAUGUGUUGUGGACUACACUCUAUCCUGACAUGGAAUCAUACAGCACCCCUGCUCCUGGUUAUUUCAAUGAUGAUGACAUCUUGGACUACAUGGUCCAUUGGAACACAGGAAUAUGGAUGACAUACUCGUCUUCUAAUGUGUCAAUAAUCAAUGGCAAGGAUGGCUCCAUACUAUGGACCAUGAGUUCAGCCUACAUGCAGUUUAGCUCCUCACUUGUCGUGGCAACCAAUCAGAAACACAAGCACGCGUUUGUGUUCCGACAGCAGGGCAGGGAGUCCCUCUUUCACUGGACUCCCGAAGGUCAUAUACUGCGACCUGGUGAAACUCCGGAUGACCUCAAAGUGCAUUUUCCAGUCAAGGACACUAAUUCCGGACACAUGUUGCAGAGACGGCACAGUGACACAGAAGAUGUCAGGCCGAAUGAUUUAGAUGAGGAGGAUCUGAAGAGGCUGAACCUGACCAGAGUGGAAUACAAGCAUAUGCUAUACAAGCUGACCAAGCUAACAUGCGAAGAUGACGUGACUAGUUUCCGUGGAGAAGUCCUGUUGAUUGACAGGGACAGUUUAAACUCUGCCUACCAGAUCAUUGACAUGCCAAUAGAAAAAAUCCAUUACAAGGUGAUGACAAGAAAUGUGACCCAUCUGGAGGCCAACAACAAACCGCUUUAUGAAGAUGAAGUUAUUGGUGGAAAAAGAUCUUCAGGAUCACAGGGGGACGGCAGCAAUGCAGGCCUGUUAAAUGGCACAGUGAAACACGACAACAGCGCAAAAGAAGAGGUCAUAGUCAGAAAAUGCCUGGCGAUGACACAGUUUAAAGGUGGUGUCGAGGAGGAGAUGUGCUCAGUUGAAUCAGCAGAUGGCAUGACUACGGGCUUGGUUGGAGAUUUUGAUGGUGACGGUUUUCUUGACUACAUGGGUAUAUUUUCCCUAAUUAACAACAAGUACAAUAGUGGAUACGAGCAGGCUGGCGUUGGGAUGGCCAUACAAAUGCAGAAAGUCAGCAUUGAGUUACAGAUUUUGAACAAAACGUUAGAUAGGGUUCAACUGAAUGCAGUGACAGACAUGCAAGUCGCCAAAGGCACACAAGUAACACCCAGUACCUCAAAGCCAUUUUUACCACCAUUUGCACAGCCAUGGACUCAGUUUAUGGGCAAGUCACAUGACAGUAUUUAUCCAAAAAACCUAAGCACUAUUUUAUAAUGUUUUUGGUAUUAAUGCCUUUUUUUGUAUAUUGAUGUUUUGAUAUUGUUCAUAUCUUGUUCUAUUGAUGUGCCUUUUUAUGUGCUUUUUUGAUAAUUUGUUAAUUGCAAAAUGUUAUUUUCAGAGAAUAUUUUUGAUAUUGUACAUAAAUUUAAGUCUUUAAAAUUUAAAAAGCACAGUCUGGAUAUGUUAUAAUGUUACAUAGAUGGAUGGCACCAGAAUUGAGCUUACGGUAAUACAAUAAGUAGAAUAAUUAGAAAAUGUGUAUGAAACUACUGUUAAACUUAUUUACUUCUUUAAAUGAAAGUCUGUGUAUUGCAAAGUGAUACCAUUAAUUACUGACAACCAUGUUAAACAUUUCUUGAUCUUAAAACAUUGUUUAAUCAUAUUUCAAAGACAACUUUAUUAUUUUAAUUCAAUAAUUUACAACUGGUUCACCAUUUGGUAUAUGAAUACAUUAAUGAAUGUUUAUUUUAAAGUUUGCACCACUAUAAAUUGGACUUAAAUUUGGAUAUCUCAAAGUCAGUGUAUAUGAUUUUCAAUUUUGUUAUUACAAGGAUAAGCAGUCUGAAAUUUAACAUAACAAAUGAACAUCACUCUUGGAAAAUGAGGCCUGAAGCUCAUGCUUAAAGUAUGGUCCCAUAUCAGCCUGUGCAGACAGCACUUUCAAGACAACACUUUCCGUCUAAACUUUGGCUAAAGUUUUUGCAGAGAAACUUCCUUUAAACAAAAAGACCAGAAAAACCGGAAAGCGUAGUCCUUGAUAAGCCUGUACAGACAACACUAUGCACAUGCAUUAAGUACAGUGUUCCCAGAGCGAUACUCUAAAAGAGGUUGUAGACUUAUUAUCCCCUGCCAAAGGCGGAGGGAUAUAGAAUUGGCAUUUUCUGACUGUCAGUACGUCUGUCACAAAAAUUUGAAACAGCUAUUUCUCAGAAACUAUAUAAGAUAUCAACACGAAACAUUAUGGAUAUAUAGAUAUCAAUGCAGAGAGGCGUCAUGCACAAGAACCAAAACCCUACACUUUCUUAAAUAAGAGUUAUUGCCCUUCGUUUUUUGUGUGAUGUAACUUUUCAGGACUAAAUCUCAGAUACCAUGCAAGAUUUCAACAUGAAACUUCAAGGGUGUGUAGAUAUCAAUGAGGAGCAUUGCCUUGCACAAGAACCAUAAUCCUACAGUUUCUUAACUAAGAGUUAUGACCCUUUGUUUUUUGUAUGAUGUAACUUUUCAGGGCUCUAUCUCAGAUACACUACUAUAUUUCCACAUGAAACUUCGUGAAUGUAUAGAAAUCAAUGAGGAGAAUUGCAAUGCAUAAAAACAAUAGCCCUACUCUUGAUUUUUUUACAAUUAUACAGUAUACCAAGAGAUUUUUACCCCUUCAUGAACAUAAUUUAUUUAGCAGGGGAUAUCACUUCAACAAAUUUGCUUGUUUUACAUUUGGUACUAUGUCUUCCUUUUUUGUUGUACAAUAUUGUAUACAAAUGUUUGCUUUAUAAGAAAUGCUGCAAAAAAGUAUUUUAUUUAUAAUUUAUGAUAUGAUUCUCAAAAGCUAUUUAUAUCUACUGACUAUCUUUCUGUGAAACAUGAUCUGCUUUGUUGUACUAUUUUGUAGAAAUAAGUCAUGUUAAGGAACAUCUAACUAUGCAUUUAGUAGCCUCAAAAUGGAUUUAACUCUUUCCUUAACUUUUUUUUCAUUCCUGUAAUAUAAUGCAGUGUUACAUAUAAAAACUUAUUAAUUAAUAAGCAGUACGGCAGUUUUACAUAUCAAAACUUUGCUCAGCUAUUUUCAUUACAGCGUAACAGCACUAUAAAUUAUCAAAACUGUUAAGCUAUGUGCAGUAUGGCAGUGUUACAUAUCCCAACUUGAUCAGCUUUGUUUAAUACAGCCAUGUAACAUAUCAAAAAUUGAUCAGCUUUGUUUAAUAUGGCUGUGUAACAUAUCAUGUCUUGCUCAUCUUUUUGCAGUAUAUCAAAUAAAACGUGUUCAGCGAUACGUAAUACAGCAAUGUUUAAAAUCAAAACUCAAUCAGUUAUAUGUAUUAUUGAAUUGUUACUCAUCAAAACUUGAUCAGGUAUGUUUAACAUGGCAGCGUUACAUAUCUAAACUGUUUCAGCUAUUUUCAGUUCUACAGUGUAACAUAUCGAAAUGUGAUCAGUUAUGCGCACCACAGCCAUGUUAAAUAUUAAAAUUUAUUGAUCUCUUUGCAAGUAGGCAGCGUUAUGUAUUGAAACUUGAUAGAGCUAUUUGCAAGACAAUGAAAAUGCAUGAGCACUUUAUCAUCAUUCUUAUUUAUAAGGUGUUGUUUUUAUGCCCCCGAAUCGGAAGAUUGGGGGCAUAUUGUUUUUGGCUUGUCUGUCUGUCAUUCAUUCAUUCAUUGUGUGUGUCCCAAAACUUUAACCUUGGUUAAAGUUUUGCAAUAACUUUUGCAUUAUUGAAGAUAGCAACUUGAUAUUUGGCAUGCAUGUGUAUCUCAUGGAGCUGCACAUUUUGAGUGGUGAAAGGUCAUCCUUCAAGGUCAAAGGUCAAAUAUGUGGCUUCAAAGCGGCGCAAUAGGGGGAAUUGUGUUUCUGACAAACAUAUCUCUUGUUCUAAUAUGUUUAUUUUUACAUUUGUUUACCAUAUUUAUUUAUUUUUACAUUUCAUAUAGGAUUUUGUUCAUUCUUUUAAGCACAAAAUUGUACACAUAUAUUUUUUGUUUUAUAUUUCUUUAUUUCUGUGUGCCAUGAAAUUGAACUCCUAUGAGUUUAUUUGCUUUAUAAACAUAAUAUUAUAUUAAUAUUGAUUAUGUUUGUAAAAUUAUAUGUUUCAGUACUAUUUUAUUCAUGAUGACCAAUUCAUCUGCCAUAAUACAUUCUUUUUUGUCACUUAACAAGUCAGUGGUUAUAUAUGCUUCCUAUAUAAUUUUUUAUGGCUAAACUAUGAAUCUGAUAAUCACAUGAGCUGUGCUCUGGUACAAGUGCUUAAUCAUUCCAUUUAUACUUUUGUACAUUCCAAUAAUCCAUUUCAUACACCUCAAUGUUGUUUGCUCCUUUGCUUCUGUUCUAUGAUAUAAUUUUUUGUUUUUAAAGCUCAUGUGUUUACAAUAUAGUCAGAUCAAUAGUACAUGCCCAAAUGUCAGUGUCUACAUAACGCUCUAGGUAAACAUGCAACAUCUCCUCAGCACUGUUUCUUUUACUGGCACACAAUUGAACUUUACACACUUUUGGGGGUCAUUAUGUGACUAGUCAUUAUCCCCUGCCACAGGCGGAAAUAUGUAGAAUUUGCGUUGUCCGCCAGUCAAAAAACUUGUAUUUGGCGGGGAUAUAAAUUAAAUCAAUUUGCUUGUCAUUUUAGGUGACUGAUAGAUAAUGUAGAUAAUACUAUCAAGGUGAAAGAAUAGUUGAGCUAACUUUCUUGGGGAUAGCUUGUUGUUAUAUAAUAGUCAAGUGCAUGAUAUCGGCUCAUCAGUAAUCAAGAAUCAUUUAACAUGUGUCUUUUGUAGCCUUUAUCGGUCUUAAUGCUAAAUCAAUCAUUAAUAGAGUGUGAUUACACUUUUAUUUAUUUUUGAACCUUCAUAUAUCUUUUUUGAAGUCAACUGUUUGAAGAUUAUGUAUUAUUGUGUUGUGUGUGACAAAGUUGGCUGGAAUUGCGUUUUGUACCUGUGAAGGUUGCACGUUUGUUUUACAUUUAGUUUUUUACAUUAUGAGAAUAUGUUUUUCUUGUAAUUACAUAUCAUGCAAUAAAAUAGUUUGGAUAUUA